AUGAGUGAGGAUAUCAUACUACCGUCGGCGUCUUUUCUGAAGUUGACCAUCAACGACACUUCCAAGUACGGGUUUGGCUACAACCCGUCGGUGGGCCCCGCGUCCAAUUCAAUCACGGCGGAAUCCUCGCAAAUACUUGUCAGUAAACGCACCGUGUCCUUGACACCCACGUCGCACAGCUCGAUAUAUGACAGGAACUUGUCGAACAAGAAACCGCACGAAAUCAGCCUUUCCGCGUUAUCUUUCCUCUUUUGUGAAAUUGUCAACUGGGCGCAUAAGCAGUCCAAGGGGGUGCAGGACUUGGAGAACCGGUUGAAUGGGUUGGGCUACCAGAUUGGCCAGCGGUAUCUUGAGUUGAUCAAGCUCCGGGAAGGGUUCAAGUUAAGCAAGAGGGAAAUCAAGGUUGUGGGCAUUUUGCAGUUUAUACAUGGCCCCUUUUGGAAGACGGUGUUUGGCAAGUUUGCCAAUGAGUUGGAAAAGUCGCAGGACAUCCCCAACGAGUACAUGAUUGUGGAAAACGUGCCCGUUUUGAACCGGUUCAUCAGUAUUCCAAAGGACUAUGGGGAUCUAAACUGCUCUGCGUUUGUUGCUGGUGUGAUCGAAGGGGCUCUAGAUAGCAGCGGGUUCAGUGCAAAUGUAACUGCACACAAUGCCCACACCGAUCUUCAACCGUUGAAAACCGUGUUUUUGAUUAAAUUCAAAGAGCAGGUUUUGAUCAGAGAGAGCUUACGCUGA